UCUCAGAUACGGUCUCUAAUUCCGCCUCUAUUUGCUUAUCGUUUCUUCGCGCGACUCGACGAAGACCGGAAGAAAUCCGUCCCAGCGAGUCGGAGUGCCGAUUUCACGGCUAUCGAAGCUCAUCGCUUCAUAUCCUCUUUCGGCGUGUCAGAGCUCGAUCUCUUUUUACUUUACUCGAGCCUGCCUGUCGAGGCGAUCGAGACACGCAGAUUUGAUAGAUGCGGCAAAACCAAUGUCCGAUAACGGCCGUGCGUCUCGAUUUUUCGCGCCGACGAACGUGUUGUGCUAAUGAGUUCCCUUUGGAUAAUCGUCUUUCUUUCACCAUUCCGGUCCCUCCCGUUAAACGCAGAUUAGAAAAUAUUCCCGAGCGGUUUGCGAUUAUUAAUAGCACCGCGAUUACCUCCGCGAAUCAUAUUUAUGCAAAUGCAUUCGAGCAAUAAAAGCGAAUUACGGCGAUUGAGAGCGCGAUUAUAUAUCCAUGCGAUCCUGUUUUAUCGACGGAAGGAAGAUAGUUUAAUUAUUUAAAUAAUAGCGCGUCGCCUCUUAUCAUUAUCCUUAUCUUCGACAAGAUCUUUAUUACCUGUUUAUAUAUAUAAUUCGUAUUAAUUCUAAUAUAAUUAUUUUACGCGCUUAUAUAUACCUCUUCUUCACAUUUUACAUAUGUAUCUACCUGAUGGUACCUCAGGCACAUCGAUUUUGGCUACUAUUUAUUCGCAAAAUGCUUAUUUCAAGAUUCAGAUCUGAUGUUUACUCUGAAUAGAGAUGGAGAAUAAAAAUGGAUCGCGAUCUUUUCGUGUUUCAGGCUUCCAAGGCGCCCACUGCGAGGAGAACAUCGACGAUUGUCCGGGCAAUCUCUGUCAAAAUGGUGCCACGUGUAUGGACCGGGUGAACGAGUACUCUUGCCUGUGUCCGCCGGCCUUCACGGGCACGCAAUGCGAGCUGGACGUGGAUGAGUGUUCCGUACGGCCGUCCUUGUGUCACAACGGGGCGACGUGCACGAAUUCGCACGGCAGUUACUCGUGCAUAUGCGUGAACGGCUGGACCGGGCCCGAUUGCAGCGUCAACAUCGAUGAUUGUGCAGGUGCAGCCUGCUUCAACGGCGCCACCUGCAUCGAUCGCGUCGGCAGCUUCUAUUGCCAGUGCACCUACGGAAAGACCGGGCUGCUCUGCCAUCUCGACGACGCUUGCACGUCGAAUCCGUGUCACGAGGGCGCGAUCUGCGAUACGAGCCCUAUCAACGGAUCCUUCACCUGUUCCUGUGCUACCGGAUAUAAAGGACUUGAUUGCUCCGAGGAUAUUGAUGAGUGCGAACAAGGUUCUCCCUGCGAGCACGACGGUAUCUGCGUGAACACGCCCGGCUCCUUCGCAUGCAAUUGCACCCAAGGAUUCACCGGUCCACGAUGCGAGACGAACGUGAACGAGUGCGAGUCCCAUCCUUGCCAAAACGACGGUUCCUGCCUGGACGAUCCUGGGACCUUUCGAUGCGUCUGCAUGCCUGGUUUCACCGGGACCCAAUGCGAGAUCGACAUAGACGAAUGCGCGGCGAGGCCGUGCCUGAACAACGGCAUCUGCACCGAUCUCAUCAAUUCCUUCAAGUGCAGCUGCGCCGACGGUUUCGCCGGCUCCCACUGCCAAAUCAACAUUGACGACUGCGCCUCGUCGCCGUGCAAGAACGGCGGUACCUGUCAGGAUGGCAUAGCGAGAUACACGUGCGAGUGCCCGCCCGGCUUCACCGGCGCUUCUUGCGAGACCAACAUCAACGAUUGCGCGUCGAAUCCUUGCCACAGCGGUACCUGCAUCGACGGCGAGAACAGCUUCGUCUGCAACUGCUUCCCGGGCUUCACCGGCAAACUGUGCCAGACCCAGAUCGACGAGUGCGAGAGCAGUCCGUGCCAGUUCGGGGGUAGAUGCGAGGACCGCAUCAACGGCUAUCAGUGCAUCUGCCGACCGGGAACGUCCGGUAUCAACUGCGAGGUCAACGUCAACGAGUGCUACAGCAAUCCGUGCCGGAACGCGGCCAGAUGCAUCGACGGUAUCAACAGAUACUCCUGCGAAUGCGAGCCCGGCUAUACCGGCCAACACUGCGAGACCGACAUAAACGAGUGCGCGAGCAAUCCGUGCGCGAAUGGCGGCCGUUGCAUCGACCUGGUGAACAGCUUCAGAUGCGAGUGCCCGCGCGGCUACUAUGACGCCAGGUGUCUGAGCGACGUGGACGAAUGCGCGAGCUCGCCCUGCCUGAACGGCGGCACCUGCGAGGACGGAGUGAACCAGUUCAUCUGCCACUGCCUGCCCGGUUACGGCGGCAAGAGGUGCGAAGCGGAUAUCGACGAAUGCGGCUCGAAUCCUUGCCAACACGGCGGCACGUGCAACGAUCAUCUCAACGGCUACAGCUGCAAGUGCCUGCCCGGUUACGCCGGGACCAACUGUGAGACCAACAUUGAUGACUGCGCCAACAAUCCCUGUCAGAACGGCGGUUCCUGCAUCGAUCUCGUCAACGAUUACAAAUGCGUCUGCGAGCUCCCUCAUACCGGCAGGAAUUGCGAGGACAAGCUGGACCCUUGCUCACCGAACAAAUGUCUCCACGGUGCGAAAUGCUCGCCAUCGUCCAACUUCCUCGACUUUGCGUGUACGUGCACGGUCGGUUACACGGGCAGACUAUGCGACGAGGAUGUCGACGAAUGCGUGAUGACAUCGCCAUGCAGAAACGGUGCCACUUGCCGGAACACCAAUGGCUCUUACCACUGCGUGUGCGCAAAGGGCUACGAGGGCCGUGAUUGCAUCAUCAAUACCGAUGACUGUGCAUCAUUUCCCUGUCAGAACGGCGGCACCUGUCUGGACGGCAUCGGCGAUUACACGUGCCUCUGCGUGGAUGGUUUCAGCGGCAAGCACUGCGAGAUCGACAUCGACGAAUGUCUAUCGCAGCCUUGUCGGAAUGGAGCGAUUUGCAAGGAAUACGUCAACUCCUAUACGUGCCAAUGCCGGCGCGGUUUCUCCGGCAUCAAUUGCCAAACCAACGACGAAGACUGCACCGAAAGUAGCUGCAUGAACGGUGGCAAUUGCAUCGAUGGUAUCAACAACUACACGUGCGUCUGCAAACAUGGCUACACGGGGUCCAACUGUCAGUAUCGUAUUAAUGAGUGCGACAGCUCGCCCUGCCAGAACGGCGCUACCUGUCACGAUCAUGUGCAGUACUAUACCUGUCAUUGUCCGUACGGCUAUACGGGUACGCAUUGCGACGCAUAUGUGGAUUGGUGUGCCGACAGUCCGUGCGAGAAUCAGGCUACGUGUGUGCAACUGAAGAACAAGUAUCACUGCAAUUGCUCGCCCGGAUGGACCGGCAAGGUGUGCGACGUGGAGAUGGUUUCGUGCAAAGACGCCGCGAUACGGAAGGGCGUGCCGGAAAAGAAUCUCUGCAACAACGGCACCUGCGAGGAUAUAGGCAACAGUCACCGUUGUCAUUGCCUCGAGGGCUACACCGGCUCGUACUGCCAGGAGGAGAUCAACGAGUGCGACUCGGCACCGUGUCAAAACGGCGCAACAUGUAAGGACCUCGUCGGUUCGUAUCAGUGUCAAUGUACCAAGGGUUUCCAAGGUCAGAACUGCGAGCUCAAUGUCGACGAUUGCCAACCGAAUCCCUGCCAGAACGGCGGCACCUGUCACGAUCUGAUCAACAACUUCAGUUGCUCCUGCCCGCCUGGCACUCUCGGCUUCAUAUGUGAGAUCAACGUCGAUGACUGCGUGAUAGGCGCCUGUCAUAACAACGGCACGUGUACCGACAAGGUGGGCGGUUUCGAGUGCAGGUGUCCGCCCGGUUUCGUCGGACCGAGAUGUGAGGGCGACAUCAAUGAGUGCCUGUCGAAUCCAUGCGCCUCACCCGGCACCCAGGAUUGCGUGCAACUAGUCAACAACUAUCACUGCAACUGUAAGCCCGGCUAUAUGGGUCGUCACUGCGAGAUCAAGGUGAAUUUCUGCGACAGCUCGCCGUGCCAGAACGGCGGCGUGUGUACGGCUAAGCAAGAUAGGCACACGUGCAUCUGUCCUAGCGAUUAUCAUGGUACGAAUUGCGAGUUCGCCGGCUCCUACUGCGAUGCCGAGCCGUGUCAGAACGGUGGUACGUGUCGCGUCACCGGAACCGGCUAUCGAUGCUACUGCACGCCAGGUACGACGGGCGCGCACUGCGAGUUCGACGCCCGGGACGAAUGCAAAAGCAACCCGUGUCAACAAGAUGCCCCUUGCGUCAACAAGAUCGAUGACUACGCCUGCGAUUGUCCCCCCAAAUGGAUUGGCAAGAACUGCGAGAUCUACGAUCCGAAUUAUCCUGGUGGCGUGUUCGGUGUUCGAUCGAAUGUCAAUGUUCCGAAAAUCUCGAACACUUACGAUUACAAUACAGAGCGCGAGCGCAGAAAGUGUAUCGAGAACCGCUGCGAGGAGAAGGCCGGCAAUAAUCACUGUGACGAGGAAUGCAACAAGCACGCGUGCAACUUUGACGGGCAGGAUUGCUCGCUCGGUAUCAAUCCGUGGCGUAAUUGUUCAGCGCCCAUCAGAUGCUGGGAUGUAUUUAUGAACGGCGUAUGCGACGAAGUCUGCAACAACCCGCAGUGCCUCUUCGAUGGCAGAGACUGCGAGCGAAAAGUCGCCCCUUGCAAUCCGGUUUACGACGCGUACUGUAAAAAACAUUACGCCAACGGUCAUUGCGAUUAUGGCUGCAACAAUGAGGAAUGUAACUGGGACGGCCUCGACUGCGACAGAGAGCCACCGUCUUUGGCUAAAGGUGCUAUGUCCAUUGUCCUGGGGAUGGACAUGCAGACCUUCCGCUCGAACGUCGUGACCUUUCUGCGGGAACUCGGCAACGAACUAAGAACGACGACACGCGUGAAGCAAGAUGAACUCGGCAACGACAUGAUCUAUCCUUGGAAACCCGAGAGAGACCCCAACGUUCACACUAGCAUAUUUGGCCGGCCGACGAUGAUCCAUACUAAUAAUCAAAACGGUGUGAUCAUCUACCUGGAGAUUGAUAACCGCAAAUGCAUCCCAACUUCCUCGGUGACGUCGACGUUGAGUAUUUCCCGUCGGGACGCCACAGGAUGCUUUCCAUCGGCCACUGAGGCGGCCGAGUAUUUGGCCGCCACAGCGUCGAAGCAUACGCUGUUGCGAAACUUCCCUAUCGAGCAGGUGCGAGGUGUCGUGGAUCCUCAGAGUCCGGAGUAUCCCGACAGUCCAACAAAUUACAAGUAUGUUUUUAUCGGCGUGGUUAUCGUAGUACUUGGCGGUCUACUGAUGGGCGUGCUGGUGACCGCGCAACGGAAACGCGCCGUAGGAGUCACGUGGUUCCCUGAGGGCUUUUUGAGAACCAGCAGCGGCAGCGGUCAACGGCGCCGCUCGCGUAGGCGCGGUCCGGACGGUCAGGAGAUGCGUAAUCUGAACAAGCAACCAUCAGUGAAUUGCAUGGACCUAGACGUAGUGACUGGUCGGGUGCAAUCUCAGUGGUCUGACGACGAAUCCGAUUUGCCGCCGUCGAAACGGAUGCGCGCGAUCGAGCCGGGUUACGCGAGCGAUCACACCGCUAUCACAGACUAUGAGGAAACCGAGCCGCGCAUGUGGACGCAGCAACAUCUCGACGCGGCCGAGAUUUGUCGACCGGAUGCUGGUGGUGUGCUGACGCCGCCUAGCCUGGAACACGGCCAGGACGUGAACGCGCGCGGUCCAUGCGGCAUGACGCCGCUGAUGGUAGCGGCGGUGCGCGGCGGUGGCCUCGACACUGGCGAGGAAGAGGACGAGAACGACGGCGCCGCAGCGAAGAUCGCCGAUUUGGUCGCCCAGGGUGCCGACUUGAACGCCAAGACAACGGACAAAAGCGGCGAGACGUCGCUGCAUCUGGCCGCGCGUUAUGCCCGGUCCGACGCGACCAAAAGACUCCUAGAUGCCGGCGCUGACGCGAAUUCACAGGAUAACACCGGCCGUACGCCACUACAUUCAGCCGUCGCAGCCGACGCCAUGGGCGUCUUUCAAAUCCUGCUGCGGAAUCGGGCGACGAAUCUGAAUGCUCGUAUGCACGACGGCACGACGCCAUUGAUACUAGCGGCGCGUCUAGCCACCGAGGGCAUGGUCGAAGAUCUCAUCAACGCCGACGCCGACAUUAACGCCGCCGACAACAGCGGCAAGACCGCGUUGCAUUGGGCGGCCGCGGUCAACAACGUCGAUGCCGUCAACAUACUAUUGGUACAUGGCGCGAACAGAGAUGCUCAAGAUGACAAGGACGAAACCCCGUUGUUCCUCGCCGCCCGCGAGGGCAGCUUCGAGGCAUGCAAAGCGCUGUUGGACACGUUCGCCAACAGAGAAAUUACCGAUCACAUGGAUCGGUUACCGCGCGAUGUCGCCAGCGAAAGACUACAUCACGAUAUCGUCAGACUACUUGACGAACACGUGCCGAGAUCGCCGCAGAUGGUCACAGUCAUUCCGAAUGGUCCUCUCAUGGGCUCUCCAAAUCAUCCACAAUUAAUCACGCAUCCCACAGUAAUCGGCUCGGCGCCGAAGCAGACGAAGUCAAAGAAGCGGCCAAAAGCGGGCGGUGCGGGAAACCCAAACAGUCCGGAAUCGGAGGGCGGCGUGGUGGUGAUGGUGAGGCGAAAACCGUCGGUGAAGAAGCCGCCGGCCAAGCGUGGAGCUCAGCCCCCAAACCAGGAGAUCCCGCAAGGAGCGGAAGGCGCCGAUGGCAACUUGCCAACGAGCCCGUACGAUAGCGCAAGCCUCUACAGCAACGCAUUACCCCUAGUGGCUCAUACGGCAACGGCGAAACAGCCGCCGCCAUACGAGGAUUGCAUCAAGGGCCAGUCGAUGCAAGGCCUGCAACAACUCGGCCUGGACACCUUCGCGACCAAUUACGGGCUGCCGUUUCACGACCAGCUCCUAGCACCGCAUCAGCGGCAGCAACAGGGGAUGGUGAACACACUAUCGCCGCCGUACAGCAAUCAAUCGCCGCCACAUUCGGUGCAAUCAAACAUGACCCUCUCCCCGCAAGCGAGCUACAUGGGCUCGCCAUCGCCGGCGAAAAGUCGGCCGUCGUUACCCACCUCGCCCACCCACAUCGCCGCCAUGAGGCAGGCGACGCAUCAGAAGCAUGGCAGCAUGCCGCCAGUGGGAUUUGAUUUCGAUAAUCUGCCAUACACCUCGAGUCAGGCGCAACAGCAGCAGCAGCAACAGCAACAACAGCAGCAGCAGCAACAGAUGCAGCAGACGCAGCAACAGGUCCAGCAGCAACCGCAGCAACAGCAACAGCCGCAGCAACAGCAGCAAAGUACGCAGCAACAGCAGCAGACGCAACAAUACUACCAGUAUUUGACGCCGCCGUCUCACCAUUCCGGACCCGAUGUCACGCCGCAACAUCUCAUGCAGGCACCCGAGAGCUUUCCGACGCCAUCGCCAGACAGUCCGGGCCACUGGUCCUCAAGCUCACCCCAUUCAAACAGCGAUUGGUCCGAGUGCAUAGCAUCACCCACGAACGCCUACGGCGCCGGAGGCGGCGCUCACCAAAGCAACAAGGGUUCCGAGGCGAUCUACAUAUGAGACUGGUGUAACGGUGCUCUCUUCCUCGUGCGAGUAAAUCGUAAAUCGUGAAAGAGAAGAGAAAAGAGAUAGGUGUACGAACUGUGAUCAGCUCGUCGCGAGUUCGAGCGUCUCUAUAAGUGUCGAAAAUGGACGACUAAUAUAUGAUAAUGAAGGGCUCUUUCGCCGUAAUUAAAUUAUAGUGGCAAGAAGGUAUUUUUAUUUUUGUUUGUUUGUGUGUGUGUCAGAAGAGCUACCACGGUGCUCACGCGCCGCGAUUAUUAUGGGUCUGUUCUUUACAGCUGAACUGGCUGCACUAGUUCAGAGUUUAUCUUUUUCUUUUCACAUUGGAAGAAGAAAGAUAAGCUCUAAACUAAUCCAGCCAGUUCAGCUAUAAAAAACAGAUCCUAUGUAUAUUUGUGCGUAUCAAUGUUAAGUUGAAUAAAUAAUUAUUCACGGAUAAUAUAAUUACGAAUAUGUAUUCGUCAUUAUAUAUUUAUAUUGUUUAUCAAUGAUUAUUAAUUGAUUAUUAAUCAAGUUCCGGAAUAUAUUUUUUGCUCAACAUUGAUGCGUAUAAAUAUAAAUAAAUAUAUAUAUAUAUAUAUGUGUAUUGCGUAUGAUGGAGGGAUGGAAGAUUUACGAUCAAAGAUAUUACAUGACAUACUCAAAUUGUAAAACCGAUUGUGCCUCUCUAAUACGAUGCGACGUUUUAGGAAAAUUGCGACCGAAGAAUCGCGACUUAUGAAAAAUAGCCGAUAUAUUUUUGAUAUCUAUCGAUUUUUAUUAUGUCGCGACGUCAUACACAGCUCAAUGAAUAAACAGUGCCUUCGACUUGCCAGUGUGAAGGUUCCCGAUGGACAAAAAUUUAUAUAAGGGAGCGAGACUUUACUACUCUAACGCACAAUAAUUGUAUAUACUACAAUAGAUUUAUCGUUCGCCGCUGUGUCUGUUAUUCCACGGAAAGGACUACAUAGUAUGCAAUAUUCUAUUUAGUUCCUAAUAUACACAGUGCGCAUCUUAUACACGAAGAAAUUUGUAUUGAAUCGGUCUUUGAUUUUUUUUUUCCCUUUUUAUUAUACUUUUUGAUAGACCGAUCUUUUUAGACUUCGAACGGUAGGAUAAUGGCUGAUAACACGUGAGCGCGAAAUGAGAAUUGUGCCUUCGAGUUCCAUAGAGUAUAAGACACGCAGGUUCUAUAGAUGAAUCUAUUAUUAAAUUAUGUAGAGAAGAAACGCAGCGUUUCCAAAUGGCCUCUAAGCGGAUCGAAUGUUUAUAACUGGUUGAUGUAUUAGAGAUGCCAAUUUUUUUUUUUUUUUUUUUAUUAACGACAUGUAAUGUAAUGUAACGUAAUAUAAUGUAAUGUAAGGCGAAGAGAAACGACGGCAGGACAUCUAUUAUGUGUACGGUCGACGGGAGCUUCAGAGAAUUCGUCCUUUCAGCUCGCAUCGUUCCAUACAUAGACAUUCCAUUGCGUAUGGCGCGCCAACAUCCUUCACCUCCCUUCGAUCCUUCCCCCUCGCGCUAUUAUGUUCGCCGGGAAAUCAUUUACUAACAAAGCUAGGGUAAUCGUUAACGUUAAUCUCUAAGUAUCGAUCGCCUUUAAAUUAAGUACUCGGCGCGGAGCGGUAGGACAGUUCUCUGGUCUCUUCUCUGCCAAAGCCAAAACAGCAUUUUUAAUGUAAUAAUACGAUCACGGCGCGUACAGAUGGUAAUGAGUAAUAGCGACGCAUUAUUUUGUAGAAAUUGUUUGUGUAUGUGUGAGAAAAAGAGAGAGAACUUAUGUACGUAUGUAUAUGUAUGUGAGAGAGAGAGGAGAGAAUUAAUUAUUGUUGCGGGAUGAAAUAAGUUCAUGCGCGCGCUUUUGCAAUAUAUGAGCCAGUGAGAUGCAUCUUCGUACGUUAUGCGAAGACCGCUACUGGUAUCAUCGGUACGAUCUGUUUGUAGUAUCGUCGAAGCUCUGUUUUAAUCUUGUAUCGAAAGAUGAAAAUGUAAAAUGUAAAUACUCUUUUAUUCUAUCCGCUCAUAUCUUUUACGUACUCUGUUUAAGUACUUUUAUAUAAUUGUCUUUUCUCUCCUGAAUUUUUGUACAAACACCCCGUUUUUACAUAUUUUUUAUAUAUUAUGUAAGUUUAUCUAU